ACUUGUCGGAUUCUUGACAAAUAAGUCUGUAUGUGUGCAUUGCUUAGCUGUAUAUUAGUUGUGAUUAUUUAAAAUUGUGGAUUAAAGUUACAAAUUAUGUAGCUUUUUUUGUACAAUGUCCUGAGAGCGCCAUUAGGAUCAUGAAUCUAUACCCAUUUCAUGGACAGUGCUUGUUGUGUAUUGUGAUUUUAUGUCUGCAUGGAUACCUGGCUAAAGUGUGUGACUUGUGUGACUGCUCCAUAAGUGAUUUGAACAUAGAAGUGCCAGGAGUACAGAAUAUCAAGACAUUAUGUAAUUCUGGUAACAUCGAGUGGAUCAGCCCUUAUGGAGCGUUACGCGUGGAACUGAGUUACACAACUGGCGGGCUGUACGAAGCGUGUUUCAAAGUACAGACAGAAAAUGUGAAAAUCAAAGUGUCUCAAGAGUCUUGGAAGAACUCUAAAUCACAUCUUGCAAAAGUUUUACCACAGUCAUCAUUGCUUAAAACAUUAUUCAGUGUAAACGGAAGGACUAAUGAAUAUUGUUUAUAUUCGAACACUCCCGUUCUGCUAUAUUUAGAACCAGAACGAACUCAUGAUAUGUCUGGAUUUCCCCGGAUGAAUCUACAGUAUGUGUUAGAAAGAAAGACUCCUAAACAUUUAGAAAAUGAUUUGGAGGAUUGUCGUCCAUGUGAUACCCAAGAAUUAAUUCGGUCAUACUGCACCAGUGAUUUCGUUUUUGUCGGCGAAAUGGGACAAGUCAGACACAGAGAAGAAGAUGACAAAUCGGAAGUGCAAUUCCACGUGACACGCGUUGUCAGGAAGUUAAGCACACUGUAUUUCGAGCCCAAAGCAGACAUUCAGCAACAAUAUGGCAGAAUAGUUGUUCAUAAAAAAUGUCAAGUGAGAAAUGGACGAGGGACUUUCCUCAUCACCGGAAAAGUCCGGUUUGGAGAGCUCGCAAAAACCUGUUCUCCGUAUUUGUCCGACUGGGAAAAUAUCGCAAACACAGCCAUCCGAGAGGGCACAAUGGAAUGUCCUCUCGUAUUAUAGACAUAAUCCUAUGGAUAUAAUAAAAUAACAUUUAUAUGAUCUCAAAUAUUGAAAAUGGCAAAAGUGCAAUGCUGAUGAAGAGAAGAGAAAAUACAAUGAUUGAUACAGACAUUCUUUGUGAAUGCAAAAUUACAAGGGGCCAAAGAAAAUUACUGAGGCUUUUGAGAACCUCGUUGCCGUUUAUCAAAUAUGGCUACUGACUGUGAUACUUAUUCGUUGGUGCAAUGGACCAAGGAGGAUUCGUUUAUCUCUUAUUGCAAAAUUUACCUAUCCAAAUAAAGUAUAAUUUGUAUUCAAACCAUCGCUGCUUCGGGCUUCAUGAAAA